AGGAAGGAAGGAAAGAAAGAAGAGGGAGGGAGGAAAGAAAAGAGAAAGAAAGAAAGAAAGAAAGAAAGAAAGAAAGAAAAAGAAAAACUUGCUCUGCCAAGCUGCCUUCCCCAAGCUGGCGCUCGCCGGAUGCACCGGACAAGACGAUUCCUUUCCCCCCUGGGUGUCGAGCUGGCUCAGAGCGAUGGGAGUUGGAGUAUGAGAUGGGAUCGCUCCGGGUUUACGCGAUGAAGACCUUCUUGAUAUAAACACCUAUCACGUAACAUCCCUAUGAUGACCAUCAUCCAGGAAGGCCAACUCCACUCAAGAAACCCUUGGUUAUCCAUGUAUAGCUUGCUCAAACCCUGCAACAGAAUUUAGGUGUUUUUUUUUUUAAAGUUGUGUUUGCUGUGGCUUCUUAGACCUACAAGUGCUGGCCUUGCCAGCGAAGAUUUUUGGACUUCUUUUCCUUCUUGGCUGUAAGCCAACAAGAUGAUCGAUCUGAGCUUCCUUACGGAUGAAGAGCAGGAGUCAAUUCUGAAAGUGUUGCAGCGGGAUGCGGACUUAAAGAAGGCCGAAGAGGAGAGAAUCAGGAAUUUACCUGAAAAAGUAAAGGAUGAUGCCCAAGUUAAAAAUAUGAGCGGGCAGUGGUUUUAUGAAGCGAAGGCAAAGAGGCACAGAGAGAAAAUACAUGGAGCCGAUAUAAUCCGGGCAUCAAUAAGAAGGAAACCCUUGACAAUAGCUGAGCUGAGUCAUCAGAGUAAGUCUGGAAAUACCAAAAGCAGCUGGGUGAACAAUGUCAACAAAGAGAUCUUUGUGUCACCGGAAAAGUUGGGUGUUUUACAAGAUAAGGAAGAGGAAUCUAGAUCUAACCAGAGCCCCAAAAUGUCCAAUGCAGCCUCCAAUACAUUACAGAAACCUCAGGAAGAAACAAGGAAACAAGCUCUUUCCCCAUCUAAGCAAAGGAAAAAUCCGUUUAAUGAUUCAACUGGACCAGAAGAUAAUGCAAAAACUGAGCAGCCUGAAAAUGGAAUGACUGAUUCAUCGGAAGCAACAGAGGAAGCCACUCGUUCACCUUCCGUAGAAAACCAAUCCAGAGUACAUUUAUUGAACUACAGUGGAACAGAAGCAUCUGAACAACCUUCUUCAGAAUUUAGGCAGACAGGAAAACUGCCUAUACCAAAAGCUAGGAAGAAUGUCCACAAGACCUCUGAUGUCAGCUUGCAGAGUAAAGAUUCCUUACCCAGAACACCUAGAAAGAUCAAGCAAGUCAAUGGCCAAGGAAGGCUACCCAAGGGCAUCCUCAAACGAAGCUCAAGUUCAAGUUCCACGGAUUCCGAAGUGUUGCGUCUGAGCCAAACCUUGGAGCCACCUAACAAAAGUGGGUUGCCAACCUCCACCAUCCUUGAAGAUGUUGCAGAGAAGAGUCCUCCCUCAGCAGAAGACUAUUCUCAAAACUCACUGGAAAGACUAAAACAGGUCAGGUUUUCCUCCAGCGUAAAUAAGAAUGAAUGUCCACCAAAACUCGAGUUGCACGAGGGCAAAGAACUUGGGGAGUUCCAUUUGUUAGACACCAACUCUGUUAAGGCCAACGAGAAUGAAGUCAAUUAUUUAGACGGUCCAUCUUCUCCAGGAAAGCCAGCGCGGUCCUAUUCUCCGGCUUUAGAUGGUAACGUGAAGGAUGGACAAGAAUCUCGAGAAGGAGAAAUGCCUUCAGGUUCCUACAGCUUUAAUGACUCAGAUCUGCCACGGUUAGUGAAAAGUCCUCCCACAGAAGCUGCACUCCCAGGGGAACCAUCCAGGAAGAUAGUUCCAAGCACCAUGGACAAUGAAACUGUUCCAGUUGUGUCUCAGUCCAAAACUAAGCAGCUGAAUCCUGAGCCAUGUGACACUACACAACACACAACUGGCCAGGAGUUGCGUUUGGCUGAGGCAGAGGAAGCCGUGUUGCCAAAAUCUGGCCUUGCAGACCCUGAACAAGGUAAGCCUGCUCUUGUUGUGGGUCGCAGUGUUGACAAACAUGCUGCUGAAAGUUUGAAGGCCGCUGAUGAAUCCAUAUCCAAAGUGCUAGACUGGUUCAAAAGAAGUUCCGGCACUGCUGACAAAGAAACAGUUUUGAUAACCUCUCAGGAAAGGCCAUUUGCAGAAGAAACGGACACUCCAAAGUCAGCGGAAUGGUCUGCAAUUGGAGAAGAUAAGGGGUCGAAUACAAAUCCGUUAAAUUCGAAAUCCUCUCUGUAUCAAAGAGGAGAGUCAACGAGCAGAGACUUAAGGCUCCAGGAUGUCAUAAAGCAACCAGGGCAGUUAUCGUUUUCGGAAAACGAAAGUCCAAGUGAUGUGGUCCUAGGAGACCAAGCUCCUUUGAACCAAAGCAAAGAAAAUGAGAAUGCAACUUCUCGCAAUAUUCAUGGUAUCACUAAGAGAACCCAUUUCCAGACCAUUGAUCAGAGUAAGGACAAGAUGGAUGAAAGUAACCCAAAAGACGUGUGUGAAGAUGCUUUUGAAGAUAAAACAUCUAUGGAUUUGAAGAACCCUGACGCUUCUUUCAGAACUGGAAUGAAAAGAGAAAUCAGUUCACAGACAUACACUGAUGGAGAGAGAGAUGUUAAAUCUUUCUUGGAAGAAGAAAACAUUGAGCUUAAAUCUGGAGAAACUCAGAAAGAUCCUAAAGGAGAGGCCUGUAAUUUUCUAGACGCCAAAAAUAUGGCCCAUGCCAACAAUAGAAGUAACCUGGUCCUGCAACAACAUGAGUUACAACAAUCAUCAAUGAUAGGAGAUGAGAAGAGAGUCAAGGAUAUGAAGGCUUUCUGGGAAGGUGGGAAGAUGACUCCAGAGCUCGGAAAUAAGGAAGUUCUUACAAAUGAAAACAUGUCUAAUUAUACAAAGGAAUACGGUAGGCGAAAACAAGUGAGCGGAUCUUCUGGCUAUGUAACCAGUGAAUCUGACCAUGAACAAAGCAAAUAUAAUUUAGUUACCUUCAGAAAAGUUGAGCUAAGUGAGGAGGACUCGGAGGUGGAAGGUGAUGAUGUUAAGUUUUCAGGAACGAGCGAGCCCAUCCGAGGGGAUAAAUCUACGGAAAGCCAAGACAUUAAUAUAGCCAAUGAAGUACUUUCAAACGACCAGAAAAAUACUAACGUGACGGGAUUGUUGAAGGAGAGCAGUUUGCAGCUGAGUUACAAAGAGAGGGCAUCUUCUAAAGAAGGUGAAAGGCCAAAGGUCACUGCUUUAGAAAAAGAGACCAUUCUACCCGCUCUCCAGCCAAAGUCUCCUUUUAAGAUUCAUUCGCUGAAAGAAAAAAUGGAUGAAGAAUCCAGGUCUCAAAUGCUCAACCCUUCUCAAUUCCAGAGCCUGAGAAACUUUUGGGACACGGGGACUAAAUUACAGAGCAAAACCGAUGAGACCAUCUCACAGCAGAAGCACAAGGGCAGCACUGGAAGUUACACGAAAGAGUUACCAGAAAGAAUUGGAAGUAGCCAAGCCAUUUCGGACGAUGGAAGAUCUGGUUUUCCUCUUCCAGAAGAGGAAACGAAGAAACCCACUGCUAAGAUUUCACACCAAAGUCCUUUAGCAGUGUUUUCCCCAUCAGCAACUACAGUACCCAUGCCUUUAGAUGAUGUUCCAAUAAGGGAUAAGGACUCCUCUGCUCCAGGAAAGGAACACGCAGGAAUAAAAAUUAUUUCACUAGAAAUACAGCAUAAAGUUGCUCACAGUAGUUUUCAACCACCAGCGUUGGUUGAAGAGUUACAGGAGUCCCCUUGCCCACCAAUACAUGAGAAAGGGAUUCCACGUGUAGAGUUAGUAGCAAAGGAUCCAAUGGCUCCCAAUGACCAGAGUCAAGAACCUAGUUUUGUCCUUCCGGACACAAACAGAAAAGCUGGACUUAAAACAAGUGAGGUCAUAGAGAUUGUAAAUAAGACUUUGGUCCCACCAAAAGCUGCAGCCGCUGAUGCUUUUAAUACAAGUUUGGAGAAGUUGCUUAAGGAAACGUCUGGUCUACAGGCCUCUCUCAGGCAUCAUUUAAUAAUGGAUGUCUCUGAACCAGCAGAUCCUACAUCAGAGAAAAGGGAUUUUUUUAAUAAGGUGAUGGACCGCAGCCAUCAUUCUUAUCCCAGUGAUCCAAAAGAGAUCCAAGUGGAUUCUCAAACAGAAGGAACUAUUGAAAAACGUGACUCACUCCGAACUCAGCCUGUGGAAUUCACAACCCACAUGGGAAGCUUGCCUAGAUCAUUGGAAGAAUUAACAUCUGUGUCAAUGAAAGUCCCCAACAAAGAAGAUAGGCCAAUGUAUUUAAAUGAUAAUCCUGCUUGGAAAAAGAAUUUGCUGGUUCCAUCACUAGAACUGAUACAACCUGAUACCUGUGGUGCAGCUCAGAACAGAACGGAUUCUCCUGAGGAAGAAGUUCUUGAGAUGGUAUCCAAACAUAACGUCCCACCAAACAGAGAAUGCAGCAAUUUGAACGCUAAACUCAUCAGUCUGUUGAAAGAAUCGGCAACAUGGCCCAGUACGGACGACAUUUUGGAAACCCCACUUGAUGGUAUUCCUAAAGAGAAUCAACAAAAAUCCUAUCAACAGAUGAGUGAAAAGGAAGGCUUUGCUUCACUCCAAACGUCCAGUCAUUUGAGAGAGACUGUGGGUGAGAUGGUUGCGGGAAGCAAAGAUACAAACAAAGAUGACAAUGUGAAGAUCGUCCCGCAAGAUGGCACAACGGAAGCAACGAGAGAAUAUGCAGAUCAUAAGGAUAGAAUCCAGGGGGAAUUAGCUGGGGAGCAGCCUCUGGACGAGAUGGAAACAGCUGUAAAAACUAUUAAACCCAAAUCAUGUGAUCAGGCAGCAUUUAGAGCCAACUUAAAACAAAGACUUAACGAAGAUUCGACAGUGUUACUUGGAGGCAUAGAAUUUCCCAAAUUUACACAAUCCACAUUACAGCCUGAUACAGCCAAAGAUACAUUGGCUAGUCAAGAAGUAACUGAAUCAGUAGAAAAAUCUAAUAUUCCUUCUAAUUCUAGACAGGUUGAAUUCAAAGACCGUUUCCAAACGUUACUCAAGGAAAAUUCUGAAAUUUUAUCAGAUAGCCAGAAAAUCGUACAGAGCAGCAAUGAGAUGCAAAUAAACAAAAAAUCCACUGAGAACAGAGGUUUUAUCAGUCAACAAGAAACAGACGGCGUUCAAGAAGUCAAUGAAACUGCAAACAAGAUUAGCACACCAUCCAGAUUUCAACAAAGUGAAUUUAAUUCCAGCUUGCAGAAAUUACUCAAGGAAGCUGCUCAGGCGCUACCUUCUCAACAUUUAAACUUUCCUCAAGAAGAAACCAUCAUGAAAUCGGUUGCUCCAGCAAAAGAUGACUGGGCAUUAAAAUCUAAUUUAGAAAAAUUAAUUUUGGAACAUUUGGAUCCUGCUUCUCAGCCACCCACAGUCGAUUGCAAGAAAGUCACCGGUGAUUCAACACCUGAUUUAGAUGAACAAAGGUUACCGGUACGAAUGUCAACAUUGACAGAGACGGUGUCGAGUGAUUAUCGUAGCGAACUUAAGAUCCCACUUACAGAGAAGGCCUCCAAGCAAACUGACGAAGGAGCAAAGAUUUCAGAGAACAUGGCCUUCCAAAAAAUAAUCCAUCUUCAUCUAGCAUCUUCAAAAAGUCCUUAUCUGGAAGAAGAUAAGGAUUUUCCUUCCACAACCGAUAAGACAGAGGACAGAAGCAUACAAGAGAAGGAAACAGAGUUCUCCACUUCAUUGAUUGAUGCCAACAGAAGCCUGAUGGUGGACCAUGGUUUGCAAAGAUCAAGCACCCCCGUCUAUGGAAGUCCUCUCCAAACCAAGGAAGUGGAGCUUCAUCAUGCUGUCCCUCCAGCUGAUGAUGACAACGAUGAUGAUGGAGGUGCCAAGAAUUGUGAGUCAGAUUUUUCAGACAAAAAUAAAUCCAUUCCGGGAAGACAAAGAGAUCCAAUAUGUUCGGAGGAAGAGUUGAAUCCCGUUAUGAAGGCUCUGAAAAGGAAUUCAAAUAGGCAAAUUCCUUCUAAAAGUGUAGAGGAUAUACCGUCAGCCACCUCAAAUAAAGAAAAAAUAAACCUUGCCAAGGAAGACUUAGUACUUAGUGCUGAAGAUGAUCACCCAGCUGAGCCCAAUGACAACCCAGCAGGAAUUUCCACAGCACCUUCUUUCUCUGACAGUCAGUUUUCGCGUCCGGAAAAAAUUAAGAUGAUGAGCAAAUCGGUCCCAGCAUUUCUUCAAGAUGAGAGCGAUGACAGAGAGACAGAUACAGCAUCUGAGAGCAGUUACCUACAUGGGAGACUCACAAAGACCCCGAGUUCCCUAACCAAUCUUAGUUCUGGCUCUUCUGGCUUGGCAUCCUUGUCUUCUGUGAGCACCAGUGUGAUGAGCGUGUACAGUGGAGAUUUUGGCAACGUGGACGUGAAAGGGAAUCUCCAGUUUGCCAUUGACUAUGUGGAACAGUUGAAGGAGUUCCAUAUUUUUAUUGCCCAGGGCAAGGAUUUGGCAGUUGCCGAUGUGAAAAGACAACGUUCAGAUCCGUAUGUGAAGAGUUACCUGCUACCAGAGAAACAUAAACUGGGCAAAAGAAAGACAUCUGUGAAGAAGAAGACACUGAAUCCCGUCUACAAUGAGAUAUUACGGUAUAAAAUAGACAAAGCCGUUUUGGAGAGUCAACGGUUGAAUAUCUCAGUUUGGCAUCACGAUACUUUUGGCCGCAAUAGCUUCUUGGGUGAAGUGGAGCUAGACUUGGCAAAUUGGGACUGGAAUGAAAGUCAGAGCAAACAAAUGAUCUGGUACCCAUUGAAACCAAGGACUCCCUUAAAAGGAUUAGAGCUUGAAAACAGAGGGGAGAUAAAGAUAGCUCUCCAGUAUAUCCCACAGCCUGUUGGAGGCAAAAAGACUCCAGCUACCGGUGAAGUUCACAUUUGGGUGAAACAAUGCAAUGACCUGCCUGUACUCAGAGGUCCAAAACUCAAUUCUUUUGUGAAGUGUACCGUUCUUCCGGAUACAAGUAGAAAGAGCCGUCAGAAAACGAGAGCUGUUGCGAAGACGACAAAUCCAGUUUUUAACCACACCAUGGUUUAUGAUGGCUUCAAACCUGAAGACUUGAAAGAAGCAUGCGUGGAACUUACUGUUUGGGAUCAUAAUAAACUUGCCAACCAUUUUGUAGGAGGACUUAGAGUAGGACUUGGAACAGGCAAAAGCUACGGCAUUCCAGUGGAUUGGAUGGACUCUACAUUAGACGAAGCCACCUUAUGGGAAAGAAUGAUCAACUCUCCCAACACUUGGGUAGAAGACACACUGCCACUCCGGAUGCUGAUGGUGGCAAAAAUGACAAAAUAAAAAUGACACCGUUAUAAAUUGCUUCCUGUUCAUAUGAUUUGCUGGAGUUUGAUGGAGAGAAGAAUCAGAAAGACACAGAGAUGAAUAUCUGGGGGAUCAAUUCUUUCAUCAGGUGUAAAUUUCAACAGUGGGCAUCUUUAUGCUGUAUAUAACUUGACCUUGCUUUUGCUGGAUGCUACCACCACAAAACGUGUGUCUACUUAUCACCUGGUACCAAGUUUUAAAUUAAACUCUCUUAAUCUUUAAUAAACACUGUAUUAAAACAUGAAAAGUAUUUAAAUUA